AUGACUCUGUCGGAGAGCAAGCAAAGAAGCGAAUGGUUCACCAUGACCACAUACACCGGUAUAGCUGCCAUCUUGCCCGUGUGGUUGAUCAUCGUCACCUCGCUUCCAUGGAUUCGGAGAACCCACUACAACUUCUUUUACUACACCCAUGUCAUAUUCGGUCUGAUCAUUUUCGUCGCGGCAUGCAUCCAUGCCAGUACCGACUUCUAUCUCCUUCUUCCGGGACUCUACCUCUGGGUCGCCGACUGGACAUGUAGACUCUUUGGCGGACAGGCAGGCGGUCUCGCCUCGAAGACCGGUGCGACUCUGGAAAAUGCAGGCAACAAUUGGCUCAGGAUAUCCACACACCUGCCAGUCUCAAACAACGCAUCAGCGAGCACUUUUGACCUCGUCCAGGAGAAGGGAGAAACUCUGCACGAACCUCUUAGCUACUACUAUCUCAGCAUCCCAUCCAUCAGCAAAUUACAGAACCACGCAUUCACCGCUGCAGUUUCUGCUUCCACCGGAGCUGGUCCCACUUUCCUCUUGCAACCCACUACCGGAAAGAAGCAAAAGAGGCUGAACAAGGAGUGGACUUGGAGGUUGGGCGCCCUCGUUCCUCAACCAUUUGGGAGCACACCUCUUGAAGUCCGAGUUGAAGGGCCCUACAGAGUCGGCGACGACGGAUUCAAGAGUGCCUCCCACAUCGUCUGUAUUGUAGGUGGAACAGGAAUCACCGGCGCCUUGAGUCUAGCAUCAUGGUGGUUGGACAAGAGGCCAGCGAACUCCGCCUUCGCUCUCGUAUGGGCUGUGCGUCAUAAGGAGGCUACGACGAUCACGGAGUGGGCUCAACUUCAAGAGGCAGCAUCUUCGGUUCCGGAGCUUACUGUGGUUGCCCACGUGAGUUCGGAAAGUGGCCGUUUGGAUCCCACCUCAUGUAUCCGUGGAGCUCUCAUUGCCAGCCAGCACACAAAAAUGGAUUCCGCCGGACAUGCUUGGGUCUACAGUUCUGGCCCAGCAGGUCUUAUUAGCACCGUUGAGAGGUCGUGUGUUGAGGCUCGGAAGGGUAUCGUUGCUGGUAUUAGAGGGGGGAGGAGUACCGACUCAUGGAAAGUAAACGAUCUGGGCUGGUACAUGGCGAAGUGGGAAGUCUGA